AUGGGAAGGAAGAAGUACAAUCGACAACCGUGUCAAACACACGAUUCCGACAACAGACCACAGCAGGUGUCGCGAACUACCAAGACUGCGGCUGAUCAAGCGUCACCCAGACGCGACUUCGAAGGCGACCCGAAAGACGACUCGACUCGACACGACCUGACAAAGAAGCGUCUGCACCAGUGGCAGAGGGUCCACAUCGGUCUUUUCAUGGGCGCUUUCCUGUGUUCUCUUGCGGGUAUCCUAGCCUUCGGAAUGGUGCUCAAGAACUUCGAGCUGUACUGUCCGCUCUUCGCCAACGUCAGCGUGGUCCGCGAUGAAGACGUCGCCGGCAACGCCGGUGCGUCGGGUCGCGUGCGGUUCUACUCGUUUGAUCACGCGACCAGUUCCUGGGGUGGCAAGCGGACGUGCGACUUUUGCCUCUUCACGACGGUGUCUUCAUUUAUCUACGCGUUUCUGUGGCUGUGGAUAUUCUGUUCCUUCUCCCGCAAGAUGGAAAACAUGUCUGUGGUGAGGAGCAGCCCGUGGAAGAUGGUCCCGCCGGCACUGUUCAUCACCUGCAUCUUCUCUUUGCUCGUGCUCACCUGCGCCAUCUUGUUGACGGUCGGCCAGGCCGGAUUCUGCAACUCGCUGGAGCGGCACACUCUGGUCAGCUGCAGCGAUGCUCAGGAACUGCCCUGGAAGCCGGAUGUCAUCAGGAUGGCCAACUUCCACACGCUCUUCACCCGAGCCGAAUUUCUCUUUGCAGCUGGCCAUCUGGCUUGCGGCGACGUGCUGGUUCCUCAACUCCGCCCUGCUGUGCUGUCGCUGCGUUCUUCACCCAGACGUCUCGACGACUGGAAGCGUCGUUCCAACGACAUCGACAACAGCCUGACAAGACACGUGCACCGCCCGUAG